GACAAGUGUCACAAGACUAAAGGUCUGAGUCUCAAAAUGUCAGAAUCUAGACCCCAACAUCAAUCCCAGUACCGUGGCUGGCUGUAUAAAUGGACAAACUAUUUGAGGGGGUACCAGAAACGAUGGUUUGUGCUUCAGAAUGGCCUACUUUCGUACUACAGAGCAUGGAAGCAUAGAUCACAGGCAGAAAUGGCACACACUUGUCGAGGAACGAUCAAUCUAGCCAAUGCCUUCAUACAUACAGAAGAUUCUAAUACCAUUGUCAUCUCUAAUGGGGGUACACAGACCUUCUAUCUAAAGGCUACAUCUGAGGUGGAGAGACAGAAGUGGGUCACAGCCCUCGAGCUCGCUAAAAAUGAUGCCCAUUCGGAACCAGAUAGUGACGAGGAGGAGGCCCCAGAGCCAGACAAAAAUGAGUUACAAAACAUGCUUAAGACACUUGCCUCAAAGCUUGAGGACAUGAACACUUGUAAUGAUCUCAUCUCCAAACAUGGAAGUGGCCUCCAGAGGGCGCUCACAGAACUAGAAACUCUAAAUAACACUGAAGAUGCAGGAAGUAAGCUGAAAGUUGUCAAUGAGAGAGCGACCAUGUUUCGAAUCACAUCAAAUGCCAUGAUCAAUGCUUGUUCAGAAUACCUGGAAUCUGCGCAGGGACAGGUCAAGCGUCUACAAAAGAUUGUACACUUUGAACAGGAGCAGAGGAUGAAACUUGAAGAAAUGGUGGAACAGUUAGCUAAGGAUCAAGUUUCCUUGGAAACACAAGCCAAACGAUCAAUGCAUGCAAAUGUCUCGGACAAAAAGGAAAUGGUUCCUGGAUCAGAUGAGGAUGACUUUUUUGAUGCUUUAGACUAUCAGGCAAAUGAAUUUGAAGUAGCUUUGCCAAACAAACAACCCUCACACAGAAGGACCAUUAGUGAUAUGAGCGUGGACAGUCAGAUCAUACCAGAGGACCGCAGUAGUGUGAGCAGUGAUAAUGAUGAUGAUCGUGACACCCAGGAAGCUCGUGUUUACUCUCACAUCAACACAGAUGGUGACACUGCGAGUCAAGGCAGUUCAAAGUCAGUAACAAAGAAGUGUCCCGAACGUCAACUUACAUCUGAUUCCCUAGGGAGUCGAGGGACACGUAGACCUGUCAUCCCAUUAAAGCCAAACUAUAGCCUAAAUUUGUGGAGCAUCAUGAAGAACUGCAUAGGCAAAGAACUUUCCAAAAUACCCAUGCCUGUAAAUUUUAAUGAGCCUUUGUCCAUGCUUCAAAGACUGACUGAGGACUUCGAGUACUCCAGUAUUCUUGACAAGGCAGGUGCUUGCGAGGACUCGGCUGAACAACUUGUGCACGUUGCAGCAUUUACAAUUUCUUCCUUCUCCACCACCGUAAACCGUAGCACCAAACCAUUCAAUCCACUCCUUGGUGAAACAUAUGAGUGUGACCGUAUGGAUGAUUUGGGCUGGCGUACAAUUGCAGAACAGGUGAUGCAUCAUCCUCCAACAGCUGCCCAGUAUACAGAGGGAAAAGAAUGGAUUCUCUGGCAAGAAUUUAGCAUGACAAGCAAGUUUAGGGGCAAAUAUCUUCAAGUCAUCCCACUGGGAAUUGCACACCUGUUGUUUAAAAAGUCUGGAAAUCAUUACACAUGGAGGAAAGUGACCACAACAGUUCACAAUAUCAUUGUUGGGAAGUUGUGGGUUGACCAUCACGGGGAGAUGGACAUCACCAAUCACACAAACAAUGACAAGUGCCAUCUUAAAUAUUCAGCAUAUAGUUACUUCUCACGAGAGAAACCCAGAAAGGUUACAGGUGUGGUAACGGAUGCAGGAGGAAAGGCCAAGUGGGUUCUGACAGGGACAUGGGACCGUAAAAUGGAGGGUGCACAGGUCCUUCAUGUGGACGAAUCCAACAAAGGAAAACCAAUGUUUGAGACAGGAGCACCGUUUGUCAUCUGGGAACGACGACUUCUCCCACCUGGGUCGGAGCGAAUGUACCACUUCACACGCCUGGCCAUUGAACUGAACGAGUUUGAGGAUGGUGUAGCACCCACGGAUUGUCGCCGACGCCCAGAUCAGCGACUCAUGGAAGAUGGAAACUGGGAUGAAGCAAAUAAGUGCAAAUUGAGACUUGAGGAGAAACAGAGAGCAACACGUAAACGACGUGAAGCAGAGGCUGAAGAAGCUCUAAAAAGAGGUGAGGAACCAGAAGUACAUAAACCUGUUUGGUUUGAAAAGAAAAAGGACGAAGCAACAGGAAGUUUGAUCCACACUUAUAACAGGAAGUACUGGGACUGUAAAGAAAAGCAGGACUGGAGCAUGUGUCCCGACAUUUACUGACCCUAUUCAUCUAUUGUGACCUCUGACCUCCCCAAGAGGUCAGUACUUGACCUCUUGUUGGGGUAUUAAACACAGCUGUGCUGGACAGACAGCGAGUUUGUGAUACAAAGGAAAUAUCAGUGAGGGACACUGAAGCCAGUUGAGUUUGGCUGUUUUGACUCUGAGCACCAAAGGUCAUGACUUAGUGCUGUUUUUUUUUGUCAAAAACAGCAUUAGCACAAAUAGUCUGCUUCCAUGGUUCAUAGUUUGUGCAAUGAAUUUACCUAGAACAACAAUUAAUUAUGUCAUAUAAUUAAUUUAAUCCAAUAGACUUCAUUUCAUUGUGCACAAGUCCCAACUCAACACCAUAUUUGGUAUUGUAUGCCACGUUUUAGGUCACCAUGUACCAUAUUUGGUAUUUUGGACCAUUUUAGGUAUCACUGUGAUAUAUCUUUCUGAAAAGACAAGUGCGUGACAUGGAGUUGUCAUGAUGUGUUCAAAAGGUCUUGAUAUACAUAUAUUUUGUUCCUGUGUAAAGUAAACGUGUUAACCUUUUGCUUUAAGCACUCCUUUUCUUUGCCCAUGAAGGCAAAUUAAUUUUAUUUUUCACGUAAAAGCAGGUGUGAUGAGCUUUUUGAAGCGUGUCUGUAUUUCAUUCUUUUGAAUGAGAGAUGAACACUACACUUGAAAUCAUCUUUGAAAUCUUGAAACCUUUGGCAACUGAGGAAGAAAAGCUGUUGUGAGAGUGAAGGCUAAUGAAGGCGCACUGAAGAUGUCAUAUGUGAUAUUUUUUUAACUUUGACCCUGACCCUGUGAUUGACUGUGACUUGUAUAAUGUGUAAUUUACGUGGCCUGUACUAGAUAGGUCAUGGGAAAUUACUCUUCCUCUGUGAUAAGAGGCUCAUUCUUACACUAUUCAUUGUGGAGUCCACCAAUUUUAGCCCUGUUGUGCAAAGGAAAUGAUUUGACAGAGGCUAACACGUUCUGGCCCUAUCAUAGCAUACAGAUAUAUUGGAACAUUCACAAGUUGAUUGUGACUGAGGAGUCAGUAUCCCUGAAACAAUGAUUGUGUAAAUCAAACACUCAUAGCCAGUUCUUGUCCUUAUAUUCAUCGACAGAUGGACAUUUUAUUUAAGUACGUUUUAUUUAAAACACUUGAGUCCCUUAUUGUUUUAACUUUUACCUCUACUCUAAGCUGCCUACUGCUUCUUAUCAUUCUCCAUCUAAAUCGUUCAGGUGUCAGAUUUUAGAAACUGAUACUAACAAGCAUGUAUGUAACAUCAUAUCAGAGAAAGAGAUCUUUUAUAGAUCUUUUUAUCAUAUCUUUCAAUUUUUCAAAAAAAAAAAAAAACCACUUUUAGAUGAAUUAGAUCUUUAAAAAGGAAAUAUUUGAUAUGUUGAUUAGGAAAUAGUCUGAUGUAAACCAUUUAUAUAGGAUGUGUUUCCUGUACCAAGCUAGGACCUAAUAUUGAGUUAUUUAUAGUUAAGUUGUCUAUGAUUAUAGUAGUAACAUACCGGUAUUACUUGCUUACAUGCUAAGUACAAUGUGUUAACUUGCUGAAGGGUAUGAGUAUUAAACACCUAUGGGCAUUUGAUAUGCAAUUAUGUUGUAGUAUGUGUGAAAAUAUUUGUGUUAAUAUAAUAUUACAGAUCUCUAGAUCACCACUGGGCCCACCAAUAACAAAUCUCCUACUGGAGUGAUGUUACUGGCCCCACCAAUAACAAAUCUCUUACUGAAGUGAUGUUACUGGCCCCACCAGUUAUAGAUCUCUUACUGGAGUGAUGUUACUGGUCCCACCAGUUACAGAUCUCUUACUGAAGUGAUGUUACUGGCCCCACCAGUUAUAGAUCUCUUACUGAAGUGAUGUUACUGGCCCCACCAGUUAUAGAUCUCUUACUGAAGUGAUGUUACUGGCCCCACCAGUUAUAGAUCUCUUACUGAAGUGAUGUUACUGGUCCACCAGUUAUAGAUCUCUUACUGAAGUGAUGUUACUGGCCCCACCAGUUAUAGAUCUCUUACUGAAGUGAUGUUACUGGUCCACUAGUUAUAGAUCUCUUUCUGAAGUGAUGUUACUGGCCCCACUGGUUACAGAUCUCUUACUGAAGUGAUGUUACUGGCCCCACUAGUUAUAGAUCUCUUACUGAAGUGACGUUACUGGUCCACUAGUUAUAGAUCUCUUACUGAAGUGAUGUUACUGGCCCCACUGGUUACAGAUCUCUUACUGAAGUGAUGUUACUGGCCCCAUCAGUUACAGAUCUCUUACUGAAGUGAUGUUACUGGCCCCACCAGUUAUAGAUCUCUUUCUGAAGUGAUGUUACUGGCCCCACCAGUUAUAGAUCUCUUACUGAAGUGAUGUUACUGGCCCCACCAGUUAUAGAUCUCUUACUGAAGUGACGUUUCUGGCCCCAUCAGUUAUAGAUCUCUUACUGAAGUGAUGUUACUGGCCCCACCAGUUAUAGAUCUCUUACUGAAGUGAUGUUACUGGCCCCACCAGUUAUAGAUCUCUUACUGAAGUGACGUUUCUGGCCCCAUCAGUUACAGUUCUCUAACUGAAGUGAUGUUACUGGCCCCACCAGUUAUAGAUCUCUUACUGAAGUGACGUUUCUGGCCCCAUCAGUUACAGUUCUCUAACUGAAGUGAUGUUACUGGCCCCACCAGUUAUAGAUCUCUUACUGAAGUGACGUUUCUGGCCCCAUCAGUUACAGUUCUCUAACUGAAGUGAUGUUACUGGCCCCACCAGUUACAGAUCUCUAACUGAAGUGAUGUUACUGACCCUACCAGUAUCCUGUCUAUUCCUGACUUGAUAUGUGUGGCCCUUAGUAACAGAUGUCUUCCUGAGAUGUUGUGACUGGCCAACCAGACACAUUUGUGUUCCUUAAAUGUGCUCUACAUCUCAAGAUCUGGCAUUUGAAAAUGGUUAACAAUUGUAUUUGCUCACUUGGUCCGAAGGACUACAGUGCAGUGAACUUCGUUCCUCCAUCAAUUUUUUACUGAAAAAAAUUCUAGUCCUGAACAACUGACCAAAUUUGGUCUGAAGCAUCCUUGGGGAAUGGGAACCAAGUAAGUAUAAAUAUUGGUUCACAGCUCCAAGGGGACUGAGGAGCAGGUCCUCUCAUAUACACCUCAAGUACUAAUUAAUGGACUUAUUGCAAAUUUAUCUAAAGCAUUCUAGGGUGAAGGAAAAUCAGUCUUGUAUUAAUCUUAGGUCUUAUCCCCUUGGGGCCGGAGAGGUGGGCCUAAUAGGAGAAAUAGCGUAAAUUCCUCAAAUUCCUACACCUCUUGUAAGAAUGGUUUUUGCCAAGAUUUGGUCUGAAGCAUUCUUAGGUGUAGUUGAAUAAAGUUAAUUUAAACCAUGUGUCUCAGCCACCUGGGGCAGGGGGGAAAUAGAGUAUAUUCUUUAAAAUCCUACUCCUCCAGAAGGAAUGAUUGGAUUAUGAUCAAAUUUAGUCUGAAGCAUUCUUUGGUUAAGAAAAUCAAAUUUGCUAGGUGAGCAAUACAAGGCCCUACAAGGUUCUAGUUUAAAAAUUUAAGAUGAAAAACAUAAUAGCUUCACUAAGGAUUAACAUAAGAGAUUUUGGUAUCAAUUUAGGAGAUAUGCUAGCUAUACAACGUUAUGGCCUUUUUUUCUCUCUUUAUAGGAGUUCCUCACUCAAAGCUUAAAUGGAUUUAUUUCAUAAUCAUUUGGCAUUACUACAAAUAAUUAAGUGUACAGUUGCUGCUUUUUUCCUUUCUUUUUCAACAUCAUUCAAAAAUAUACUCCACAUAUUUAAUGUUUAGAUCAUCAUUUUGAUUCUUGGGGGGAAAAUGUUUUUGAAAUUAUUGUUUCAAAAUUAAUGAGAUAUUAUUGUUAUACAUCAUUAUUUAUGAUGUAACAUAAAUACUGAUUCAAAAUUUUGUUUUACCAAAAACAUAAUGAUAAUAGUGGCAUUUCAAAUUCUUAUUGGAAUAAAACUUAUUUUUAUCUUCGGCAUAGAACAAGAUUUUGGAGAAAAAAAUGAUUUUGAUAAGUAUGAUGCAGUACAUUAAAGAAAAAAACACAUUUUUUAAGAAGUCCAUAGCUUCAAAUGAUCAUGUUGGCUUUGCUAUCAAAUGAUGAAUUUGAAGAAAUCUGUCAAGAUUAAAAUUGAAGUCGUUUUGAUAAUAAGGUAGAAAUUUUUGUAAGAACUGCUGAAACAACUGUGAAACAGCAGUGAACUGACACUCAUCUGCUAACCCUCUUUUACAGAGGAGUGAGGUGUCAAAGACAGAGACAUCUAGAUUAAAAUUUUAGUUAAAAUGCAUUGGAAAUUUUUUAUAAUUAGUUCAUGACAUUUUAUUUGCACGAUAUUGAGUAAUAAAGAGGCUUAACAUUAUCAGUUGUAAAUGUCUAGUGUUUCUGACCCGAUUCUAAGGAUGGAAGUGUGAAGUGUGUAGGUGGUCUACUGACAUAUAUGUAAAUUAUCAUCCAGAAUUGCUAAUAGUUUUUUGUGUUGUCAGAGUACAUCGUUUACUGAGUUACUGUAACAAAUAUGUAUAUGCUUAAUAUGAAUAUGCAUCUGUUUCAAGGUCAUGACCUUCAAAUGUUUAUGUAAAUUUGUAAAUUGAAUUUUCAGGAGUUAUUUAUAAUUCAAUAUUGACCAAUCUCAUAUACGUACAAUUAAGUAGGCUAAGGUAUAAACAUAAUAUCUUUUCAUUAGACACAAGGCCACAGGGCCUUGAAAGCGGAGUAGUGAAAGUAUCUGACAGUCUCUAUCACUAGCUGUCCACUUCUGUCUCGUAUGUUCCAAGGUUUCGAGUUUCUCAAAAACUUGGCAAACUGAAUAGGUCAUAAAGCAACAAUAAACCAAACCUGAGAAUAUUUCAUUUAUCAAGAAGCAACAUUUCAGUACUAAUUUGAUUUGAAUAUUUUCUUGAUGUAAAUCUGUCUCAUUGGGUUUAGUGGUAUGUAUUCUUAAUCUUCAAAAAUUCAAAAGAUUACAUGCAAAAUACGUAUGAUGCUGUUUUUUGGGGUUUUUUUCAUGCUUGCCCAAGAUGUCAACUCUCUCUUUUUCUCCAGGCAUUAAAUAGAUUGGAAUCAUGUUCAGCAUCAUUGGUUUAAUUUUUAGGUCAUGACCUUGAAAAAUGAUUUAUUCAUUGUGCUUGAUGCAAGUUUGAGAAUAUGUGAGGUUGUAUUAUUUGGUAUAUGUAUAUAUAUAUGUGUGUGUACCCCCAAAACUGGCAAUAAAACACAGCUGAGGUGUCCUCGGUCAAAUUUCAAUUACAAA